GCAAACAGAAAGCAAGUGAAGGCAGCAUAUCAGACGCCCGAUGGAGCGGCUCGGUAUCCCAGCAACCACAGACGCCACCGCUCCGCUUCGUCUUGCUGCAGAUUCGCUUUUCUGAGGUUUUAUAACCUUUAUCGAGUGAUUUUUUUUUUUUAGCCAGGAGGAUGGACGUAUCACUCCAGGCACAAACCAAACCACUUUCUACCUUGUCUGCCUUCAGUUACAUCCCAACGCGACGAAAGGAGCCAAAAGAAAUGUCCUACUUUGACAAGGACUCAAAGGUCACAGAAGUCUCCAUGUAUGACCAAGUGUACCACCAGGCUGAGGGUUAUGAUAUCAAACUGCACCGGGAUGACAGAAAACACUAUAAAGGAAGAGGACUAGACAUAAACGAAGAGGAGAAGUCCAGAGCUGUGCCGGUGCUGUCCUCUUCAGAAUACGGCCGUCGUCCUGUCCCCGUCCUCUAUGAAACAGGCCGGCAGCAUGCACGUGUGGCUUGCAUAAAAGCUGAAUUUUUCAUGAGAAACGGAAUCAUCUGGAAUGUGGCAGAAGGAUACGGAUCAGUAGCCCCCAUUUGAAAGCCUGAAGUAUCUCAGCAAGAGAUCGGAGUGUUCUCACUGUGAAAGCAUUGAAGAAUAAACAAGUGUUGUAGUGUGUAGAAUUCACUUCAC